UUGUUGAUGGUGAUGAUGUUGUUAUUGAUGUGUUGUUGUUGAUGUGUUAUUGAUGUGUUGUUGUUAUUGUUGUUGUUGAUGUUGUUGUUGUUGAGGCUGCCCAUGAGUGUGACUCUAGUAGCGCUGCGCCUUGAGCUCAGCCCGGACUCAAGCUUCCCCUCCCACUUCCAUCGCUGCCACUGCGAACCCAGCGUGGCUGACGCUGGGAUGUCUUCGGCUGACUCCGCCAAGGAGCUGAGGGCGGAGAUUCAGAGGAGUCUUGGCAGCAGGGAGAUGCACAACAUCAGCAUUGAGACUGUCACCUUCAACCAUGACGUCACAGACGACCGCAAGCCCCGCCCCUCGGAGCCGGCCAAUCAGGGCGCGCCCACCCCGGCCCCAGCCGUGGGCGGAACCGCGGAGCGGAAGUCCCCGCCCCCUCCCGCCGGCGGGGACCAAUCGCAGGGCGUCACGGACAGCGGGGUCCUUCAGGGCUCCGCCCCCUGUGCGGCCCCGUCCGAGCGGUUGUCCCCGGCGCUGCCUGAUGAGAUUCCCUUCUUCAGUGGAAACCCCUCGGUGGAGAUCGUGCAUGGGGUGAUGCACCUCUACAAGACCAGCUCCCCCAUGUCCCCGUCACUGGCCCUGCUCUGUAUGCUCUCCCCCAUGUCCCCGUCACUGGCCCUGCUCUGUAUGCUGGCCGUGCCCUCCUCCACGACUUCUCACGAGCUCCUUCGCUUCCUCGGCCCGGCCGUGGACUCCCUGCAGCACGUGAAGGUCGUGCGGGACUCCACUCCCAACUUUUACAUGGUGCUGCUACACUUCCUCACUCAG